AUGGCAGAACAGGAGACAGGCCCUGCAGAGAGGGAAGUUACAAAUCUACGUUUCCACCAACUUACUCGUCUCAAGAUAUUUGAUGAGAAGCCAGAGACGUUGACCCCUUCAGAGCGUUGCCAGUUGCUGGCCGUCUCCAGCAAAUAUGGCUACACGUUUGUGGGCUGUGAAGCAGGGUUGAAGAUUCUGAAAACAAAAGAGAUUACUGAAUGUAGCGACAAGCAUCCAGAAAGUCCCAACACCAGCGUUGAAGAUUAUGAUUGCUUGAAAGUGGCUUUGAGCCUGCCACCUGUGAACCUGGCAUUGAGUCCCGACGACCUCACACUGGCAGUAUGCUCCAUGACUGAUAGCACCCUCUUGGUGGCGCUGUUUGAUACCCGCACUCUUGUGUACAAGAGCAUCAAUGCCUCGCCCUUUGCUGUAGCAACCCUGUCCAAGGAGUCUGACUGCCAGUUAGUCAACCUUCUCUGGAACCCCAGCAACCCGACCCUCUUUGCUACGUGCCUCUCUGACGGCAGCAUGGCAUUAUGGGAUUGCUCAGAAGACAACAUUAGAAUGUUGGCACAACUGCCCCGUGACGUAGAACCCACAGCAAUUUGCUGGAGCCCCAAGGGCAAACAGAUUGUAGUGGGGACCUCCUCAGGGAAACUGAUUCAGUACAAUCACAAGCUGGAGCAAAAGAAGAUGAUACCCCCUGCCGACUUCUCCGAAGAGCCAAUCAAAGUGGUAGACAUCCUGUGGCUGUCAACCUACAUGUUUGCCGUGGCCUAUAUAGAUGUUGAGGAAACACUCCAACCCAAUCUCACCAUUGUCAGUGCACCCAAAGAUGGCCAGCCCACCUACACCAACUUUGAAGACAUCUGCUACGGCAGCAGUGAAUUAAGGAAUACCCAUUACCAAUUGGUUCAUCUGGAUAAAUGGGGUUUCAUCCUCGCCACGUCCAGCAACUCAAUGGAAGCAGCCGUGAUUGGCCACUCGCUGGAGGACAAAGCCUCGUGGGAAAUUUGGACAUUGGACGACGCAGCGCGCAUCGAGAUGCCCCUGAGUGGGGAGAGUGAGGACACAUUCCCCAUGGGUUUGGCACUGGACUUGUCAAGCGAGUCAGACAUCGUCGUGGAGCCCAUCACACACAAGGCCGAACCAUUGCCUCUUGAGGGGGAGAGAGUUGCCAAAGGUAGAGCUGAGCCCGGUCAGACCCAAACUACCAAGCCUCCAGUGGCCCUAGACACAUCAAAGCCAACUGCCCCUCCUCCAAUUCACAAGUCUUCUAGCACGGGUAGUUUCUCCUGGGGUUCAUCGUCCUCCUCAUCCACCCCCUCCAGUCUCGGAUCAGCCGCCACCGGCACGUCCAAUCGCAGCACAAGUUUCUUGUUCACCAAUACCAAGGCCCUCGAUUCCAGCGGACAGUUUGGCAAAGCCAGUUCGGCAGCUAGCUCCAGCAUUGAGACUACCACCUUUACCUUCAGCGGCAAACCUGUGGACAUGAGGAACGGAAGUGCGCCAAAGCAGGAUGCCCCUUCUUCCUUACCCCCGAAAGCAUCCCCCGUGAGCACCUCCCUGGCCCAAUCAACCCCUUUCCAGGGAGCUUCACCAUUCCCAUUCAAGGUACCUGGAGUCCAACAUGUGACAGCAAGAGGUCUACCAGUCGAUCAGGUGGCCUCAAUCCAGACGACCACCCAGUCGAGGUUUGUGAGCCAGGAGACCCCGGAUGCUGCACCCUCAGUGUCUGGUGCCCCGAUUCACCCUGCCUCGCCGUCUGCAUUUGCUACCUCUCACCAGAAGACUGCUUUGGAGACUUCAAGCACCAUGGGAAGUGGUUCCCAACCACAAGCAGAUAGUGUCAAGGUACCUGGUCCUCCGGCCACCUUUGGCCAACAGCAGGUUAUCCAGACAUCUGCUGUGGGGAAAGCUUCAUCCAGCCUUAUCUUCCCCCCUGCUCAAACUGCCUCUCCCCACAGGGCAGCACCACCCAACCAGGUCGCCCCAGGGGGUGCUAGCAUUGUCCCCAACCAAUUCACCCCAAGGGGUGCAAGCCUUGUCCCCAGCCAGGUCGCCCCAGGGGGCUCCGGCGUCAUCCCCAACCAAGUCGCCCCAAGGGGUACCAGCGUCAUCCCCAACCGAGUUGCCCCAGGGAGUGCCAGCCCCGUCCCCAACCAAGUCGCCCCAGGGGAUGCCAGCGUCAUCCCCAACCGAGUCGCCCCAGGGAAUGCCAGCGUCAUCCCCAACCAAAUCGCCCCAAGGGGUACCAGCAUUAUCCCCAACCGAGUUGCCCCAGGGAGUGCCAGCCCCGUCCCCAACCAAGUCACCCCAGGGAAUGCCAGCGUCAUCCCCAACCAAAUCGCCCCAAGGGGUACCAGCCUCCUCCCCAACCAAGUCGCCCCUAGUGUGGUGCCCAACCGCCCUGCCCUGCAGUCGACUCUGCCAAAUCAGUUUGUGGCCUUGAGCACUCUAUCUAAACCCCCUCCCCCAGCUUAUGGUGCCAGUCUGCCUCAGCAGCAGGCUGUGCCGGACUUUCGACCUCCUCCCACUGUGCAAGCCCCAUCUACUGUGGCUGCUGGAGUCAAACCCAGUGGGCGUGUUUCCAUACAAAUUGAGUAUUUCAAGAAGGAGUUGGAAGAGCUGCAGAACCACACAAAGAGGGCGCACUUCGAGGUCGGAGAGCGCUCAGAGCAAGAAACCAUCAAGAAGAACGCUGAUGAAUUAGUGAAGUUCAGAGCCGAAGUCCUGACUGUAACCAAGUCUCACAAUGAGGAAAUCCAUGAAUUGAAGGGCAAGCUCCUGGCUACUUUUGCUCAACUUGAAGAUGCUCGCACUCUGAGACAGCGCAAUACCGACCCCCGCUACUUGCACCUGCUGCGCUUACGAGGACUGGACCCACAGACAGCCAAAAAACUGCGCAACAUACACAGCAACUUCCAUUACCUGGACACUGGACUGGCAGACUUCAAUCAUAUUUUGUAUGUGUCUUCUGAGCCUAUUUCAGUCCUGUUGAGGUUUGCGUACUCUGUAGAGACGGUCAGAGAAAAGGGUUCAUGUACAUUUGGAUGGAUUAUUUUCCCUUGCAGGUCUGGUGACUUGACUUCUCUUGCUGCUAAAUUGUCAAGUACUCAGAUCACAUCACCUGCCAAGGCCAGAAGCACACCGGUCUCCAGCAAGAAACAAGCUCAGUUGAGGAAGGCCCUGUCCAGAAGAGCAACUACCCCAAGACGCACUGCUUCCAAAGUCGACCUGUCAGGACUGACAUCCCCAGCUCUGAGCCACAGCUCCCAAGAGAAUCUCUCCCCAGCCCUCACCAGCCGUCGCCUCCGCUACCCAGACGAGGAACCCAGGCAGCCGCAGCCAGCUCGCAGAGAGGCCAUCGAUGUCUCGGACGUCCCGGACUUCAGGAUACCGUCAAGCUUCGGUCAGACCAAGCCCGGCGGUGGUCUUGUGCCACUGGUGGGUGUGGCUGGACAGCGAUUCCUGGGGGCGGAAGCAACGAGUGACAGUAUGAAAGAGACAAGACAGCUCACUGCGGCUGCAACUCCUGCACCACCGUCAACCUACCCAGAGCCCACCCCCUCAUCCUCCACCCAAGCUUUGCCUGUGGCCACCACCUCCCCGUCUAGUUUCACCCAUUCUGGGCGCGGCACCGUCAUCUGGGGUUCCCAGACCACCCCAACAAAGACUCAACCUUCAACAAGAGCUCCACCCAACAGUGCAGUGCUGAGGAAGGUGGUAGAGAAACCGCCCGAUCUGCCUCCGGUUGUGAACAUCAAAAACUUUUCUCAGACCACCAAACCUCCUCCAGUGACCUUUGCACCUGUUAACAGUUCUGUGGAUGCAGGCACAGCCAAGGUUGUCAACCAAGUCCUAGCUGAGGUGGCAAAGACCAGUGGUUACUCCCAGCCCGAAGCAAGCGCAGACAGCUCGAAAAUUCAGGACAGAAAGAUCAGUUUCUCAGAUGAGCCUCCCCCUUUCGUCCAACCUUUCCCGCCGUCCAAACCGGCCUUAGAUAAAACCGCAGGCAGUGGAGCUGUUGGAUUCAAUUCGGGUUCCACCAAGCCCCCUGCAGUGCAAUCACUGCCUGCCAGCAUGUCUGUUACCCCACCUGCUGCCACCACAUCCACUCUGGCAUUCAGUGGGUCUUCCACUGCUCCAGGUCCGACGUUUAGCGGCUCAGUAUUUGGAGCCAAAAAGGAAGACUCUUCGACCUCUGCAGCCAGCGCAACGCAACAGGGCUUUUCUGGCUUGUCUUUUGGCAGUGGGUUUGGAUCAGCCAGGGCGAACACCCCCAGUUCAACCGUGCCGACAGCAACAUCCGCCUUGCCGACUUCGGCCACCACGGCUGCCUCCAAGCCGAUGUUUGGGGGAGCAGGUUUUGUAGCUUCUGCAUCUAGCACCCCUACAAGUUUGACCUUGUCUCUGGCAACUCCUCAGCAGAGCCCAGCUGCGUCCAGCAUCAGGGAAUCAGCAGGAGCAUCGGCAACCAACAUCCCCGGAGUGAAGCCUAGUUUGUUUGACUUCAAGGAUCAGAAGUCUGCAGCAAGCACCAGCACUCCUGGAGGGUUCUUCGUUGCCUCAACCAGUUCUGUGAAAGAAUCAAUUCCAGUGCAAAAGGAGACAACAGCUUUACCCACAACCACAGUCUCCUCGACCGAAGCCACGACUACCAAACCGACAGCCAGUCCCAAUGUCAGCGUCAAGGCUAUCCCCAAGACUGCACCACCAGCUCAGUCUGUCCAGCCCAGCCAGCCAGCCACUGCUACAGUCACCUCCGCACCGACUAGCACCAGCGGAGCCAGCGUCAAGCCGUUUCCCAGGAUGAGUUUGCAACCCGCCACUAGCACGGCCCCGGGAAGGCUAAAACAGCUCCUUGUUGGAGAAGACGAAGCCGGUACAGGUCUAGCUAGCAAACCAGCCCUAGCUGGGUCGGCAGCACCACAGCCCUCGGGUGAGGACGAGGCCGGUACCGGUCAGCCCGCCACUGCCGCUGUGGUUGUCUCGGACACCGAUGACCAUCCCCCCUCUGCAGUGACCCAGCCGGCAACUGCUGCAGUGACAACAGCAGCAACGGGGCUAUUUGGCAAGCCAGCCGUGACUCCUGCGGACGCCGUGACUGGUACCUCAGGUGGGAUGUUUGGAGCAAAGGCAGCAGCUGGGACACCUUUUGCAAGGGCAGGAGCAGUGACUACAGCAACAGCAACAACCUCGGGUACUUCAGCUGGGUUAAGUGCGCCGUCAUUUGGAGCCCCCUCAUCUGCUGGACUUUUUGGGGCCCCCCAGUUUGGAGUAAGUACCCAGCCUUCCGCCUCUGUGUCUGCUCCUGCUACAAGUGCAGCACCUAUGACCUCUGCGGCAGCAGAUAAACCCAAGACGUUGUUUGGACUCCUGAAGGAGGAUCAGCCGGCCCCUUCCGAAUCCAGCUCUGGGACUCUCUUUGGAACAGCGACCUCCAAGGAUGGUGGCUCGGUAAGCAAAAAUCUCUUCGGCCAGCCCACCUCCACGAGUGCCUCCCCGUUUGGCCAAUCUGCCACCACAUCUGGCGGGCUCUUCGGUCAGUCGUCAUCCAGCAACAGCGGGCUCUUUAGCAAGCCGGCAUCCACAACUAGCUCCGGAGCGCUGUUCGGACAGUCAGCCACACCGGCCAGUAGCGGUGGCCUCUUCGGACAGCCGAUAUCCACCGCCAGCCUGUUUGGCCAGCCAUCGGCAACAAGUAGCGGGGGAAUUUUUGGCCAGGCAACUUCAGCGGCCUCUUCCCCCUUCCAGCAGGCCGGGUCUGGAGGACUCUUUGAGACGUCAACCUCCGUUCCAACCUUUGGGCGACAAACAGAAGGAGUAUUUGGAAGACCUUCUAGUUCAGCUCCCGCCUUUGGUCAAGGUCAUUCCCUCUUUGGUCAAACACCAACGACCACUCCUUCCAGUGGCAGUUUGUUUGGGGCUGGCGGUGAUGGUGGAGGAGGCUUUUUCAGCGGUCUCGGUAGUCGGCCCAAUCCUGAGGCAGCCAGAUCCAACCCCUUUGGUUCACCCUCUGUCUCCUCAUCUGGUUUUGGGGGCCCCUCUGCCGGUUCUUCCAGUCUCUUUGGGAAUCAAGGUGCCACAACCUUUGGCAAUGCUUCAAGCACCACAGGCCCUGUUUUUGGAGGAAGCUUCAGUAGUCCAGAAGGGAGCGUGGCCAAGUCUGGCUUUGGAGGGUUUAGCCAGCAACCAAGUGCACCUGCACCUGCUGGUGGUUUUGGAAGUCCUCCAACCUUUGGCAGCUCUCCAGCAUUUGGCAGCACACCAUCGUUCGGUGGUUCGGCAUUUGGAUCGUCAGGGGUGGCUGCAACAAGUCCCUUCGGGCAGCCAUCUGCCUUCGGAGCCAGCGGUUCCCAGACAACCGGGGGUUUCAGUGGCUUUGCCUCGCAAGAGACGCCGACUUUUGGAUCUCUGUCCAGCUCCAAGCCACAGCAGCAGGGUGGUUUUAGUGGGUUUGGAGGUGGAUCAAGUCAGUCUGGAUUUGGUGGUUUUGGCAGUGGUGGACAAGGCAGCAGUGGGUCGAGUGGGUUUGGUGGUACCUCGUCGUUCACUCAGUAUCGCUGAAGUCUCUCCUGGCCUGACCUUUCCCCAAAUCAUCCCGUGAUGCAACAUGACUCACCCAGAACCAAUCACGAUUUCAGAUCAUCGACACUGUACUCAACACUCACUGAGCGACAGAGUCUAAACACCGGUGCCCUUCAAAUCCAGCUGAGUCACCCAAAACAUUCGCUUCCUUUUAUUCUCACGUUUCGAAGUUGGCAAAUUUAUCGGGGCAGGGUAUGCCCUGCAGCUGUAGUUUUUGAUAGAGACAAAAGUACUUGUAAAUCAACACUUCUGAGAUUUUUCUGUGAACCGUCAGAAACUAGUUUUUCAGUCUGAAAGUUUGGUUCCAAUUUAAUGCCGUUUCGGAAAAGCCAUGCAAACAGCAACACUUCGUUUUUAUUUAGCAUAUAAAGAAAAGCAGUGUGUACCUUGCCUGUUAUAAUUGAAGAGUCAAUUAAUUGCUCCUUUUUACCCGGAUUUUUGUUGAGCUGUUAAUUAACAGUCGUCAUGCAUGCUGUUUUAGUCACUAAUUAUGGUCAGAGUUCAGCAAGGGUACUUUAUGUACAGAUGUGUUUGGAUAAACUCAGCUGAACUUUUGCUUGGCGGAGCAUGCUUGAAGAAGUGCAAUUGACCAUGCACAGAAAGUGAGGGAGGUGAUUGGAAUUCAGUAGCUGUCAAUGGCCUCCCUGAUAUUCAAUUCCUCCAUCAGACACUUCUGGUGGAACUGGCGGCCAAGGGGGCCAUUGCCACCCCUUCCCCACUUUUGGAGGGGAUGGGGAGGCUUAAUUCAUCGAUGUAGUGAUGGCUGAGGCCUGAUGGUCUCUUGGUUGGCCCCCCACAUUUUGACAAUCCUUUGCCCGUUCGUUGCCAUCAGGCUCUACAUGUCAGGCCGUCCGGGAACGCUGCGAAGUCAAUUUAACAACUGCGCUGCUUGGCCGCAAAAUAACCUUGAGGGAAGACUAGACGUCUUGCCCACAUUUCUUGUACUAGAACUUCUAAUGUUGAGCCAAGUAAAACAGUGAGAGAACAUGCCCCGUGUCAAAAGUUACUGGAGGCUCAAAACUUGAGCUUAUUUUAGCACAGUAUCAUGCUGAGGAAGGCUCUACACCCUUGCUUUAUCCCCGAGAAAUGCUGGAGUCGGGAAAAAUCGAGGGAUGUUUACUUCUGCCGUGAGAUAUGCUAUGAUUUUCCUGUUGCCGUUGCCAUGGCGAGUGACUUAGUAAUGACUCAGUCAAGAUAAAAACUCUGCCAUCAGCUGCAUGACUUUGAAAGAAAAACUUGUCACACUUGAUCUUGCAAAGAAGGCUCACCUUGGCAACUUGGUACUAAGUCGGUCAGUGGUCAGAACACAAAGGGGCGGGACUGAAUGGAUCGGUACCUAUUAAUAGCUGAUGCCUGAUGGUCUCACAGCCCCCCCCCCUUCCCAUAUUGGAAAUUCUUGUACCAUUGCCACUGGAGUCAACAUCAGGCCUCAAACCGUCUAUGUCACCGUAAUCAUUAUGUUACACUGUAAAUUUUGUAUUUCAUUUGUCAUAUAAUACACAAUGGCAUUUCCAGUAACAAACCUAUAGUUUUUAGCUUUUGAGCAUCGGAAGACGGUACGUUUUACCAAUAUAAGCAAUUUUCUUAAAGUGAUUGGCACAUGUAGCAGACUUUAAAUGUGCCAUAAUUACUCCUACUUCAAUCCAUUGAAAUCAGAUUUCAUUGAUAGGUUUAUUUUGCUUCCUUUUUGUUCAUGUUAAAGACAGUAUAUGCUACUGUUGUUUUCUGUUUGUUUUUCUGUUGUGCAUGAUUUGUAAAGUUGUUAAUCCAGUUAAAAUUGUGUGAUGUCAUUUCUUGGCCAUUCCAUGGUGCUUAAGCCUGUGCAUCUCUGACUAAGUGUGUACUUGGCCUACAAAGUAUUGCUUAGAUGACGACGAAUUUGAUAAUCUGAACAGCGUGCAAAAAGGCUUGUUUACACUGAAGCCCUACAAGGAGACGUUCUGGCAAAGAACCUGUAGUACUUGCAGGUUGUAAGAGUUGGUUUAGCUGCAUUUCAUUUUAUUUUGCACCCCAAAAAAUCUGGGCCUCCUCUGUUUUACUGUGGUCAAUUUAAUUAUUUUUAGCAUCAGGCUUGCUUGAAAACAGCCUGUUGUUUAUUUCUAGCACCUGAAAUCCAUCCAGCAGUAAAUCCCUUGUGGAGAAGAGAUAGCAUCUAAAGCACCAUGGAAACACCCAGGUCUUAGCGAGGGCAGCUCUGACCCCAUUCAGAGAUCGCUGAUGUUGUUACUGCGCUCUAAGCGCAAUAGCUUAUUGCUUUCUUCAGGGUAACGGAGAGGGGCAAGAACCUGAGGUUCGAAUCCCAUUGGGGCCCUGAAUUGAUCUCUUGCAGCUUCCUUCACGAGGACUUCUCCUAAGUGUCUUUAUUUCCCUCCCUCCCCCUUGCAAGCCAGACCUGUUUUCCUUGUCCCCUUCUCCAAACAAAGUCUGUGCCCGGAGGGGAGACAGGCAUUAACGUUGCUGGGAACAUCCCCUGAGAGCAGAUGAAAAACAAAACCGAUCCAGUGCAGCAGCCUGCUUUUGUCAUUCAUUUGAUUGUGUUACUGGCCACAAUUUUUUGUUUCAGGCGAUAUUUGUCAGAGCUGCCUUCAGUUUUAUCUGCCCUGCAUGCGUCAAUACUCGUGCAUGUAACUUUUAAACGAGCAUAGCAAAUUUCUUGACGGAGUGUCAAAAAUCAAUCAUUGUACUCGGAUAUUGAAAUGAAUAUAUAACCCAAGGUAAGGAUUUCUUUUGUUUCAACUGUAAAAAGACUUGCAUAUUACUGUGCUUGCAUUCAGGCAACGUGUCAACUUUUCAUCCCGUAAUGUUAGAACCCCUUUAAUUUUCACCACUAUAGCAGUGCUCUCAAGAUACACUCUCAAGUCAUCCGAAAUAUCACUUGCAAUGUCACUUUAAGACCCAUGUGGACUUCCCUGCAGUGCAUUAGUGACGAUGAUUCAGUCGCUAAACCGGAAGCACAGACUUUUACUUAAGCUUCAAUUCAUCGCUGCAGUGUGACACAGGCAAUCAGGUGGUUUGCUAGCAUGGUAGUAGAGUUUACUUGGGAGACGAAAGCCUUCCAUGGAUUUUCGCUUUUCAUUUUGAUAUGAUAUUUCAUUGCCCCUAAAGUUGACUCAAGCACUGCUAGCGAUGUCACUUCAGCAGUGAGUGGACUAGUGGUUUGAAAGAAUGAAAUAAAAUGGCUCUUCUUGCUGUGAGCAUAUUUUCAUGGAAA